AUGACUAAUCCCCACGACUACACUGUCGGGUGGAUAUGCGCUAUCCAUACCGAAUACGUUGCCGCCCAAGCCUUCCUUGACGAGAAUCAUGAAGGACCUGAUUAUGUAUCUCCCAACGACAAUAACGACUAUACGCUUGGCAAGAUCGGAAAUCACAACAUCGUUAUCGCCGUGCUUCCAAACAGCGAAUAUGGACUUUCGUCUGCGGCGGGCGUCGCAAGAGAUAUGCUCCAUAGCUUUCCCAACCUCAGAGUCGGUCUGCUCGUAGGAAUUGGUGGUGGCGCACCAAGUCGAAAGCAUGAUAUCCGACUUGGUGAUGUUGUAGUGGGCGUUUCCAACAAUAGUGGGAAAAGUGCUGUAUUCCAGUAUGACUUUGGAAAGGCCAUGCAGGGCCAGGAGUUUCUCGAAACUGGAUUCUUAUAUCAGCCACCACCAGUUUUACGAACAGCUGUCAAUGGACUUAUGGCGCAGUAUGACAUGGAGGGGAAUCAAUUGAGUGAGGCAGUCAAUGAUGCUUUGAAUAAGAAACCCAGGCUACGAAAGAAGGGCUAUUCAAGGCCUGGAGCAAAUACUGAUAGACUUUACCAGUCACAAUUUGUUCAUGCCAAUAACGAGAUGGGUUGUGCGGAAGCCUGUGGUGACGAAUCAUCCAAUCUAAUCAAGCGAGCCGAACGGGAUGAAGAAGACGAAGUAAUGGUCCAUUAUGGCCCAAUCGCUUCAGCAAACACACUCAUGAAGGAUGCAUUAGUUCGAGAUAAGCUUACAUCAAAGAAGGACGUUCUAUGCUUUGAAAUGGAAGCAGCCGGACUCAUAAGUCAUUUCCCAUGCCUAGUCAUUCGUGGUAUCUGCGACUAUUCGGAUUCACACAAGAAUGAUGAGUGGCAGGGAUAUGCAGCCAUGGUAGCCGCAGCAUAUGCAAAAGACCUCCUUGGUCGAAUCUCUCCAACCAGGGUUCAAGCUGAAAAGAAGAUUAGCGAAGUAUUAACCGAUAAUUUGUUAAAUGUACAGAAAACGGCACAAGACAUCAAGGCGGAUGUACACGCAAUGAAAACCGAUAGCCACGUCGCAAACAUCGAGCGCUGGCUUUCACCCGCCGAUCCAUCCACGAAUAUCAGUAAUGCAAGAAAAUCCCGGCAUCUCGGAACUGGGACAUGGUUUUUAGAUAGCCACGACUUUCAUCAGUGGAAGCGUGGCUCUCGUCGGCAUUUGUGGCUUCACGGCAUGCCAGGCUGUGGUAAAACAAUCCUCAGCGCAACUAUUUUCGACCACCUUGCCCAGGAUGGUUGGCUAAUUCUUACUUUCUUCUUCGACUUCACCGACACCAAGAAGCAAAAAUUGAGUGACAUGCUGCAUUCACUUGCAUUCCAACUCUAUGCCUCCGACUUGGACUCUCGAAAGGCCCUUGACAAUUUACUUGCAUCUUCCGACAGCGCUGGCAGGCGGCCAGAUACAAAUGAGCUAUCUGAAUGCGUUAGAGCCAUAAUGCGGCCUCAUAAAAAACUCGUCAUUCUAUUAGAUGCUCUGGAUGAGUGUUCAGAAAGAAGAGAGCUGAUGCAAUGGAUGAAAGAGCUAGUGCAGGAUAUCACAAAUGUCCAGGUUAUAGCCACUGGUCGGCCCGAGCACGAUUUACAACAAGAACUUAUCCCAUUGUUGGGAAAGAAAAACUGCCUCCCUCUCGAUAAAGAGUCGGUGGAUAAAGAUAUUCGCUCUUAUAUCAAGGCCAGGCUCGAGGAGGGCCAAGAGUUCAAGAGAUGGGCCAACUUUCCGCAUGUGCUGGAACAGAUACGAACACUGCAGGAUGCGCUUCAAUCUCUACCCAAAGACUUGAACACGACAUACGCUCGAAUUCUCCAGAAUAUUCCUAAGGAGCGUAUGAAAAAGACAAUCCGCCUGCUUCAGUUCCUUCUCUACUCUGAACGGCCAUUGGCCCUUGAGGAGGCUGUGGAUAUAAUCGCAGUUCGCCCCAACGAAGGCCAAUUCGAUGUACAAGACCGACUCCCGUGCCCUGAAGAGAUUACUGGAUACUGUUCCAGUCUUAUAUCGCUUAUACAAGCCUCUGGCUCGACUGCAGCGACCAAGUUACAACUAGCCCAUUUCUCUGUGAAAGAGUACCUCCUGACCUAUGACUCUCCUGAUUUUAUUUAUCCAAAUCCCAGAAUUGCUAUUACGGAAACUUGUUUAGCAUACCUUGGAAGCAUUCCGAAUGUUGAAACUGCUACGAUAAAAGUACAGUUUCCAUUGGCAGAAUAUGCAGCACAAAUCUGGAUGGGUCAUGCCAAGGUUGCGGAAAAGUCAGAGCCAACCCUUGAGAAAAUCACGGGAUUCUUGCUAAAAGGGGGACAAUUCCAAUGCUCGAUCCAUCUAUUCAAUCCCGAUGGCCUUGUCUAUCGUCUUAGAAAAAUGCCUACAGCCUCGCCACUUUAUUAUGCAUGUCUCACUGGACUUACAACAACUGCACAGAGACUUUUAUCAAUUGGCGGAAACCCAAAUGCCCCAGGCGGCCACCAGGGCUAUCCGCUUACAGCUGCUUCGAAAUGUGGUCACCAGGAGAUUGUCCAGCUGCUGUUAGAUAGCGGUGCCGACGUUGAUGCCAAAGGCGGCUUAUACGGCGUUGCGCUCAAUGCCGCAUCUCAAGGAGGCCAUGAAGAGAUUGUCCAGCUACUUCUAGAUAACGGCGCCGAUAUCAAUGCUAGACAAAGCUCGUUUGGCUCUGUGCUCGCAAGUGCCUCGGCAGCAGGUCGCCAGAACAUGGUCCAACUACUGCUAGACAACGGUGCCAAUGUUAACGCCAAAGGUGGCUACGAUGGAUUUGCGCUCGGAGCUGCUUCAAGAUACGGUCACCAGGAGAUUGUUCAGCUGCUACUGGAUAACGGCGCCGACGUAAACGCCGAGGGGGGCGAAUACGGGUUUGCGCUCCAGGCCGCUGCAGUAAAAGGUCACGGAGAUAUUGUUGAGUUGCUGUUGAAUAGAGGCGCUGAUAUCAAUGCCAGAGGUGGCUACUACGGCUUUGCGCUACAAGCUGCUGCUGCAGAAGGGCAUCAGGAGAUUGUCAAGUUGCUAUUGAAGAGAGGUGCUAAUGAUAAUGCCGCCGGCAGCCAUUCUGGCUGUACAUUCAAAGCUACUUGA